AUGGCUGUUGUGUCGAAGCUGACGUCGGGUCGCUUUCUUGGCUUCUACGCCGUGCAGCUACUCUGCCUCGCGGCGGCAGUUCGUAUUCUCAAUGCUGUGGUGCUCCGGCGUCGCGCUUCAAGUGGCAGUACCAGGCACCGCUCUCGCCGCUUCUCUCCUGCGUGCACCGGUGGCAGCGGCGAGGAUGACACAAUCAAGGUGGAUCGCAUCUUCUGGGGGCGCCUCCUCUCUCUUCUUCGACUGUGCAUUCCUCAUUUCGUAUCCCUCGAAGCCGGGGGUGUGCUGCUCUUGCUGACCCUCUUUUACCUGCGCACCCACCUGACAUUGCUGUUUGCACGGAUUGUGGGGCGCAAUGGCCGCUACCUCGUCGAGCGCAACACGAAGGCGUUUAUUUCUAGCGUGGUGGACAUCGGCUUGCUUGCCAUCCCGGGAACGAUUCUGCAAAUCGGGGUGCAGUACGUGAAGAUAAUGACGCAGCAGCGGCUGCGAGACAACUUGCAGGCGGCCCUUCACAAAGAGUACCUCAAAGAGAACACGAUCUACAUGAUAGCUACGCGGAGCGCCUUCAUAGAUAACACCGAUCACCGUUUCACGCAGGAGACAGAUCAGUUCUGCAAAGGCGUUGCUGGAGUGUUCCGCGCCCUCUUCAAACCGAUUCUGGACGUGAUGACGCUUUUGAUGGAACUCUCGAGGCAUGGGGGCAUUGCGCCCCCUGCUUUCUUAAUCUCUUACUACCUGCUCGUUGCGACCUGCAUGUCGGUGCUGCUGCCCAACUUUGGUCAACUGGUGGCGACGAGCCAACAGAAGGAAGGCAACCUUCGUACGAAGCACCACCAGCUCAUCUCGCACGCGGAGGAGAUUGCUUUCUAUAACGGCGAGGAGAUUGAGCGCGAACACGCGGGACGCCUGCUAGGCUCCCUCAUCCGCCAUGAGUACAAGAUCAAGCGCACCAAGUGGCUGACUGGGUGCAGUGACAGCCUGCUCAUCAAGUACGGUGCCAGCUUGGUCGGGUACCUUGUGUGCAGUCUUGUCGUCGUGGACCAGUUCCAUCUCAUGACCAAGGGCGAUCUUACCCAGUUGUACCUCCAAAAUGUGCAGCUGUACGUGCCCUUUUCCGCAGCGAUUGGGAGGAUGCUUCUCAUGCACAAGCAAAUAGGCGCGUUGUGUGGCAGCGUGCACCGCAUUGGCGAGCUGCGCGAGAGACUGGAACGCAUCAACGCGUUGAAUGUGCGUAGUGAGGUGGCCAACGUAGUCUACUCGAAUGAUGUGGUGCAAUGGAGGGACGUAGACAUCGUCAGCCCAGCUGGCAUGCGUCUUCUGCAUGACGUAAACAUCACUGUCACACCCGGGAAGCACACGCUGAUUAUGGGCAGCAACGGCUCCGGCAAGACGGCACUGAUGCGCGUGCUUAGCGGACUAUGGCCGGUUGCCAAGGGCAGCGUGACCCUCCCAACAGCCCCAGAGUCGCUCAUGUGCCUGCCACAGCGUACGUACCUCCCACCUGGCUCGCUGCGUGCGCUGCUUACAUACCCGCACGUUACCGAGGACCCCCGCGACGGCAAGCCUGAGCAGGCCUUUGUGCCGGAUGAGGUUAUCAUGUCGGCGGCGAUGUCGUUUGGCCUCAACCCCAUGAUGGAUCGCGAAGGUGGCUUGGAUGCCUUUGAGAACUGGGAGGAAGUAUUGUCGGGCGGGGAGCGUCAGCGUGUGGCCCUGGUGCGCGUCCUGUUGCACCGCCCGAAAUUCGCAUUCCUCGAUGAGUGCACCAGCGCAAUUUCCCAGGAUGAAGAGCCCUUCUUCUACAGAUUACUGCAGAAGGCAGGUGUGACGCUGAUCACGGUAUCGCAUCAUGAGACACUGCGCAAGCUGCACCGCGUCGUCGUCUCCUUGGAUGGAGAAGGCGGCUACCAGGUCAGCGAACAGUAA